AUGCCGACUGAGGCGGAUUUAGAGAAAAUUCGGCGUGAGCGGGCGGCACGGUACCAACAACUGAGCGAGGCGGAGAAACCACGCGUGGAGCCAUGCCCCCAUUGUCAUGAACUGCCAUAUAAGAAGGAGGUUUGCCCAGAGACAGGCAUAUUUCACAAUCUUGAGCGGCACACGAUAGUGGGGGGCGCUGUGGUGCAGUCAAACAUUGUGCGUUCCUCCGAGCUCAUGGAGGCGAUUGACCGUUCACGUAUACGGUGGGUGGAGAGCCGGACGCAGAUGGUACGCGCGGAUGCCGUGUCGCUGAACCUAUUUCAGAGUUUUGUGCGACAACUGGACUGGUCGCUACAGCGUUACGGCAUUCUUUACGGUAAGUACGAUGCCAGCCUCAACCUAAUUGAGGUACACGCGAUAUAUGAGCCCGAGCAACAUGGCGAUGCGUACACGUUUCAUUAUCUCCCUGACAAACGUCUUCCGAAUGUUGACCGCAUUGCGGCGUUGUUGGGUCUUCGCCGUGUUGGUGCCGUCUGCACACACCCACCACGUGACAUAGAGGAGAUGGUGCUUAGUUCUCGCGAGAUUCUGCUUUGUGCCCGUGAGCAGUCGCGCUUUGGCGAUGAGUGUGUGCUGCUCACGAUGAGCCCAAGCCUCACGACAGGCCGUAUUGAGUGCCAGGCGUGGCAGACAUCACCGCAGGCAGUGCACUUCUACCGUCUGGGAGUCCUGCGGGAGAAGUCGGACGAUUACUCGGACCUUGAGAGUGCCAAGUAUGUCCACAGCAGCAUCCCACUUGAGGUGGCGCAGCAGGAAACGGACGAAAAGGGCCACCCGCGCGUCGUGACAAUGGCGCCUAGCCACGACAUUGACACACGUUGGUUUACUAGUUACGUCGCGGUGCAGCAGUUUGAGUCGCCGGUGGUACGAAAUCUUUUCAUGCGUGUGUCACGGCCUGGCAUGGAGCCGCCAGCGAUGAUUAACCUCCGCAACUACAUGGAGGACCCAAAGCGACGCAAAGUACCGUUGAUUGAAAAACUUGCGGACUUUCACGUUCUUAUAUUUCUUGCAGAAAGCGUUUUUUCUGUGGCAGACGACAUGCCGGUUAUUAUUGGCGCCAUUACUAAGCAACGGCCGGCGGAGGACGCGAUGCAUUACGGGGAGGUGCUGAAGUUGUACUUGGAGCAAUGA